UUAAAACCCAAGGAAGAAGAAGAAGAACAUCGCCUCCUCCUUGACACGUCAUCGCGUGACGCUACUACGUCAUCAUCCAGUCUGAGUAGGGAGGUUAGCUAAAGCUGAUGAACCCUAUUGGUCGCUUCAGCCAACGUAAACAUGUAGCCGUUUCAUCAGUCUCACCGUAUUACUAUCAAGCGGGGUUUAUUAAGUGUUAACCAGUUUGUCAGUUGUCCGCCAAAUGAUGGCUGAGUUGAUGAAAAUAUCAAUUUCGGACCCAGGGCAGAGCAGUGUUAGCUUGAUAACUAGCUAACACUGAGUAGCUAACUAUCGGGCCGUGUUUGUAUCUGGCCUUGCUAAUUAAACAGCUAGCCUGUAGUUGGGAGUCACGAAGGGCUACAUCGACGUUAGCCAAACAAAGAAGGAUGGCAAGUAAGGUUAUUUAGCAAGGACACGUUAAGAAGAGGAGUAAAAAAAAUGAAGAAAUCUAGAAGUUCUGGUGCCUCGUCACCAGUGAAUGGAAAACAGUGUAAUGACUGGGACACCAAACGAAAAAGAAAAACUGCGGAAAUCACACAGGCCCUGAGUGCGAGUCCAGUGGAUGUAGCAGCUCUGAGGAGGAUGGCCAUCAGUGAAGGGGGUCUACUGACUGAUGAGAUUCGCUGUCAAGUGUGGCCUCAGCUUCUCAACGUUGCCCCAAACUUCUUGGAUCAGGAACCAGAAACAGUAGAGCGGGAGAAUAACAAGGACUACAACCAGGUGUUGCUGGAUGUCCAGCGUUCCCUACGAAGGUUCCCGCCUGGUAUGCCAGAUGAGCAGCGGGAAGGUCUCCAGGAGGAGCUAAUUGACAUCAUCCUUCGAGUUCUGAAACGUAAUCCCCAGCUGCACUAUUACCAAGGAUACCAUGACAUUGUUGUGACCUUUCUGCUGGUCCUGGGAGAACGCCUAGCAACUGCUCUUGUGGAAAAGCUCUCCACGCAUCACCUCAGGGACUUCAUGGAUCCCACCAUGGACAACACAAAACACAUUCUUAACUACUUGAUGCCUAUCAUUGAGAGGGUCAACCCUGAGGUGCAUGACUUCAUGCAACAGGCUGAGGUGGGUACAGUCUUCGCACUCAGUUGGCUGAUCACCUGGUUUGGCCAUGUCCUGUCAGACUUCCGCCAUGUUGUACGGUUGUAUGACUUUUUCCUGGCCUGCCAUCCAUUGAUGCCCAUCUACUUUGCUGCUGUGAUCGUACUGUACAGAGAAGAGGAGGUGUUGGAGUGUGAAUGUGAUAUGGCCAUGGUCCAUCACCUGCUGUCUCAGAUUCCCCAGGAUCUGCCAUAUGAGACUCUCAUCAGCCGAGCAGGAGACCUCUUUGUCCAGUUCCCACCCUCUGAACUGGCUAGAGAGGCUGCCUCACAUGACAACAUGGCAUCCUCUACCUUUAAGGACUUUGACCUUGCAUCAACUCAGCAGCGACCAGACUCUGUUCUCCGUCGUCGACGCAGACAGAAACAGGCUGCGCUGGAGAGCUCAGUAGUGGCAGUGGCCCAACCUUCGGCAGCACGUCGGUUUGUUCGUUUGGCAGUCAUGGGUCUGACGGUGGCUUUAGGGGCAGCAGCUCUCGCUGUGGUCAACACUGCCCUAGAGUGGGCCCCCAAACUGGACCUGUUUCCUUGAACUGCUCCUCCUUUAACCCCUUCACGCUCCAACUUAUGUCUUUGACUGAAUCUACCUGUUGGGUCUGUUUCCAAGACCCCUUUACUGAAAUACACCGUGAACCCUGCAGUCGAUAACACUGUCUGGAGUGUAUGCUCUAAACUGAAGCAGUUAACGCUCCUCCUUUGUCUUCUAGGAUGCGUCUUAACAUCCUAUGUGGGGCUUCUUAGGCCUCAGCUAAGGACUGUUUUUAUGACUCCUGAAGAACAUGCACCAGUAUAACAGCUAUACCUGCUGGUGUUAGGAAAUGAAGAAUCCAUCCUGUUAUAAUGAAAAGACUGUAUUUCUAAGAACUAUUAUCGGUGGUGUCAUUAUUAAAGUUUAUUUAUAUUUGGUAUUAGGAAAAUCUGAUAUUCAGUUAUUCUCAUAGAGAUUAAUGAAAGCUUGGUGGAUUCGCUACACUUGAUACUGCUGCCAAUUAAGAGAGUUGGUGUGAAUGUGUGUGUGUGUGUGAGUGAGAGUGAGUGUGUGUUUGGUCGCAACCCAUUUCUUAGCUAUUUGAUAUCUGGACUGAGACCAAAUAGAGGAUUGUUAGAAUCCUCUUUCUGUAAGAUUCACUGUUUAUAGGUAUGUAAGUAGCUGUAAAGACAUGGUCAUGACACACAGGCAGUUUUAAAGGCCGUCAUUUUAUUAUGUUCUUAAGUCACUUUGUCCCUUAAAGUUGUUUGAAUAAGCUUUUUUUUUUUAGUCAAGAAAAAAAAAAUGUCUCUGUGACCCAGUAUCUUUAAAACAUGUCAAAAGUUGCUUCCCUUAAGUUUUAGCAGGCUCGGGUCAGGGUUGAUUAAAUUUAUCUGUAAGAUAAUGGUCAUGGUGUUAUCAAGUUAAACAUACUGUAGCUGCUUCAUUAUGUAUAUCAAAAUGUAAAUUUGAAGAUUAGGCCCCUGAAUGGUAUAAAGCUUAUUCAGUCCAGAAAG